AUGUCCUCGUCCAUUCCUCUCUCAAACUUGUCGCCCUCGUCGAGGCCCUCGUACUACAAGAUGCCCGAAUCACCGGCGCCCUACUCCAGGCGCCGCCCGCACCGUGGCCAUUGGACGCCUUCAUUAAUCGGAUCCUAUGUCUUUGACUGGCUUGUCCUCGCCGUUGUCGGCGGCAUUGCCACCGUCUUGGGCAUUGUCGAGCCGAACAAGCGCCCUUUCUCUGUCCUCGACCCCAAUAUCUCCUUCCCCUUCACCCUUCACGAGACCGUGCCAAUGUGGCUAGCCGCCAUCAUCGCCGUCGCCGGGCCCAUCAUCAUUAUCGCUGCCGUGUGCCUCAUUCUCGUUCCCGGAAACACUGUUCCCAAGGGGACACCCAAGUCGCUCAUUUGGAAGCGGAAGCUGUGGGAGUUACACGUUGGAUACCUCGGUCUCGCUCUCGCUCACGUUGGCGCUUUCUUCAUCACGAACGGCAUGAAGAACAUGUUCGGUAAACCAAGACCAGACCUUCUUUCUCGCUGCCAGCCCGACCUGGCGAACAUACAAAAUUACGUUGUUGGCGGUACCGACCCCAGCAUCACCGGCUUGACAGGUGCCACAGGUUUCGGCCAGCUCGUAUCUGCGGCCAUUUGCCAAAAUACCGAUACACACACGCUCAAUGACGGCUUCCGAAGCUAUCCAUCCGGCCACUCGAGCUCCGCCGCCGCCGGUUUGAUUUACCUUUCCCUGUUCCUCGCCAGCAAGUUCGCCGUUACCCUACCGUUCGUGGCUUCGGAUAACGGUGCUGAAUCUCACUCGGCCUUUCCCUCUCGCUUGAAGAAGUCUGGGUCCGGCUAUGAGGAGGUAGGACUGGGCGAGAGCGGCUUGCUCAACCCUGAUUCGACCGCUGCGGCAAGUAAUUUGGCUGAGCACAACAAAGUUGUGACUGCUGUUCGCCGACAGGCAGCUGCCCCCCCAAUUUAUCUUCUGACUAUCGUCGUGCUACCUUGGUUUGCUUCCAUUUUCAUCGCUGGCUCUCGCUGGUUCGACUUCCGCCAUCACGGUUUCGAUAUCCUCUUCGGCUACAUGAUCGGAAUUUUCACCUCCAUUUUUGCUUUUCGCUAUUACCACCUUCCAAUCACACAGGGUGCUGGCUGGGCUUGGGGUCCUCGAAGCCAUGACAAGGCCUGGUGGUCUGGCGUCGGCUCGUACAGUUACGCGACUGACAAGGCAGACUUCAUUCGGCCCGGAGACGAGGAAGAGGCGUAUGUCUCAAGACCAGUUAUUGGCCAAGCAACGUCGACGCAGUACAUGGGCAAGCAGGGCUCCCACGACGAGCCUGAGGCUGAAACCCGAUUUUGA